CUAGAUGAUGUGCAUGCAACGGCCUCCUGUUUUGCUGUAAUUCAGCCCAAGCUCUUGCACCUCAUCAUUCAAGGCACUAAAACUCUCCAACUUUUGCACCAGCAAAAAGGGGGAGGGAAAAUGCAAGGGUCUUGCUGCAGCUCCUAGGACGCACUAAUCACUGCUUUGAUACAAGUGUAUCUAAAUGUCCCCAGCACCAGGGACUUGUGGGGCGCCACACAUCCCUCUCCACUUGCCGCGCAGCUCGCAGAGGUGGCGGUUGUGUGGAGACCUUGCCAAGCAGGCUCACGCCAUGCUGCGCACUCCCAAGUGCUCUAGGUGCCGGAACCACGGCUUUGUGGUACCGGUCAAGGGCCAUGCAGGCAACUGUCGCUGGAAGCAGUGCCACUGUGAGAAAUGCUGCCUGAUUACUGAGCGCCAGAAGAUCACGGCCAGGCAGAAGGUACUCAGGAGGCAGACGGCCGAGGAGGGACAGGAAGCGGCCCUGGAGGCGCAGGGGCCCCCGCCAGCUGCCGGCCGUGCCGGAACCACGGCUUUGUGGUACCGGUCAAGGGCCAUGCAGGCAGAAGGUACUCAGGAGGCAGACGGCCGAGGAGGGACAGGAAGCGGCCCUGGAGGCGCAGGGGCCCCCGCCAGCUGCCGGCCCCGACUCGGGCCCGAGGCUGCAUGCAAGCUGUACCCUGGCCGCCCGGAGCCGCUGAGACCUGUGCCCAGCCCGGUGUACGCUGACUUCGGGUGCCCUCUGAGCAUCAACUCGGACGCCGUGGUGGGGGCUGAGUACCUGGAGAGAGAUCCUUCCAAGAUGUACCUUGGCUACUCCACCAUGUACUCCUGCCACCAUCUUCCACUGGGCUUCCACGAUGCAUCCCCAGCCAUGCAGAAGGGCUUCCGGCAUGUGACCUGCACUGGCUACCAAAGAGGAGUUUUGGCGCCGGAACCCAUGGGAAACUUCCACCCAAACUACUACGCACCGUUGCUGCCACCGCCGCAGCUGCAGCAGCAGCCCCUGGUCCUCCCACCAGGCUUCCUCUCCGGACUGCAGCUUCUCCCGCCGCCGCCGCUGCCACCACCACCCCCAACUUUCUCACUGAACAUCCAGUCUGAGAGCUCGGACGACCAGGAUGUGGAGGUGCAGGGCGAGCCCCGCCCACCCUCAUCGCAGGAGCAGUCUGACUAAACCCGCCGCCCUGCAGGCCGAUGGUGGGUGUCAGGGAUGGCGGCAGCGAUUUUCUCAUCUUUGUUCAAUGUUGUGCGGGGAGGAGGGCUAUUGAGAGGCGUAAGGUGGGAGUUAACUCCCAUUUUGAGAUAGAAGGAAGGAGCGUGGUUUCUGAGGUCUCUGAUCCUGCGCCGUGGGGUUGGAAAGACCGUGGGGGAAGACAUGGCAAGAGGAGGCCAGGGCUCUGAGGAGUGGGGCUGGUGAAGCUCCCAUUAGGAAUGAAUUUAACCAUCCUGAGUGCUGUUCAGCACUCACUCAGGGGCAGCCUUUGACCUCCUCAGGUGCCACUCAGGACAGAAGGUACCAUUUACUUCAGCCUUCUGAGGCACCAGAGCUAUGGGUGCAGCAGCCAGGCCUGGGGCGUUGACAGCAGGUUCUGCAGCGUCCCGUCUUGUCCUGGCUGUGCCCCUCACCCCUUUGCUGGAAGACAUCCUAACCACUGAAGCCACUUCCCUCCCCUCUACCAAGUUGAAGCUACAAUAGGUCUCGUUUUUGGUUUAAAAAUCUGUUCAAGUUUCAUUAUUUGAUGUUUUUGUAUUUGAAAGCAUGGAUGCAGUUUUCUGAGAACAGAAUGGUGCAACUGAAUGGGGUGUGACAUGAGGGGUUUCUUUGGGGACAGUUGACUGUUAAAAUAAAAUAAGCAGCAGAAAUCCUGGUGGAAGUUGUGCUCUCUUUAAUCCUCAUGGGAGGCUGUGUCAGGCAAGAGCAUGGUUCUGGUUGGGAGAGCCUGGUACAGGCCUUAUUACACGGGCAAGUCCUAUUCCCCAUUCCCCUUUGACCAUUGUUAUCAAGUCAGGGCCAGGCCAGGCUAGAUUUCUCUAUUAUGGUUUUAAGAAGCGGAGGCUCUUUAAGGAAAUCUGAUACAGACAACACAAAAGGUAAAGGUUUCUUUUAGUUUCCCUUCU